AAACACGUGUUCUUUACACUUUAGCUGAGUAAGUUUUAGAUAGUUCAUGUGAAUUUAAGCAGAUUCCGACGGGGAGUUAAAGGAAAGUGAACAGACGUGAAAGGAGAAUAGUUUUAAGUAAGUUAAUCGGUAAAAUAGGAAAGUUUAUGUGGAUGAUUGAAGGGAAAGUAGUGAAGCAGGAGAGCGGCCAUUUUAUGUUAGUAUGACGUAGAGGCUGGGUGUAGCUUCGCGUUGAACCGUCCGUGUUCUUCAGAAAAGGCGAGAAAAUCUGAAUUCUGAUGCUGGGGUCGAGGUAAAUGCUCGUACCACGCACUGAACGUGUGAAUUGUAAAUUAAGUCGAAGGGAAGUAAGAAAAUUAGUUAAAUAAGGCAGAACUGGGGUUUUGAAAGAACGAGCAUGAGCGAAGAAAGCAAUCCGCGAACGCUCUAUGUGGGAAAUCUAGACUCUUCGGUGUCGGAGGAACUAUUGUGUGCACUUUUCUCACAAAUAGGUGCAGUUAAAGGAUGCAAAAUUAUACGAGAACCAGGGAACGAUCCAUAUGCGUUCGUCGAAUUUACAAAUCAUCAAUGCGCGGCUACAGCGCUAGCCGCCAUGAACAAACGAUCCUUCCUGAAUAAGGAAAUGAAGGUUAACUGGGCAACGAGCCCUGGAAAUCAGCCGAAGUUGGAUACGAGUAAUCAUCAUCACAUAUUUGUCGGCGACCUGUCGCCAGAAAUUGAAACACAAACUUUAAAAGAAGCGUUUGCACCUUUCGGCGAAAUUAGCAAUUGUAGAAUUGUACGCGAUCCACAAACCAUGAAAAGUAAAGGAUAUGCUUUUGUAUCAUUUGUGAAAAAGUCUGAAGCUGAGGCAGCGAUAGCAGCUAUGAAUGGUCAGUGGCUUGGAUCCAGAAGCAUCAGGACAAAUUGGUCAACUAGGAAACCACCGCCACCAAGAUCCGAAAGGCCACGGCAUUCAAAUAAUAGUAAACCUAACUAUGAAGAGGUGUAUAACCAAAGUAGUCCAACUAAUUGCACAGUGUACUGUGGAGGUUUUACAAAUGGAAUUACAGAUGACCUGAUAACCAAAACAUUUUCUCCCUUUGGUACCAUACAAGAUAUAAGAGUAUUUAAGGAUAAAGGAUACGCUUUCAUAAAAUUUACUACUAAGGAAGCUGCAACACAUGCCAUAGAAUCAACACAUAAUACAGAAAUUAAUGGUAGCAUUGUUAAAUGUUUUUGGGGAAAAGAAAAUGGUGAUCCCAACAGCGUGGGUCCAAAUGCAAAUCACCAAGCUCAACAGGUUACAGCUGGAGCUGGACAAUAUGCAUAUGGAUACGGUCAACAAAUGAGUUAUUGGUAUCCUCAAGGAUAUCCACAAAUGCAAGGCCAGUUUUUACAGCCUGCUCAGUACUAUGGUCAAUAUUAUGGACAACAGGCUCAAUAUAUGAAUAGCAUGCGAAUGCCAGCUCCUGGUGCAGGUACAUGGCAACCUGCACAAGCGACCGCCGCCCCACCGACCGCAACUGCACCAUUGCCACCAGGUCAGCAACCUGCAAUGGUAACAUAUACUAUGCCACAAUACCCCACGCAAUGAAAUUGAUCAUUGAUCAACAUCAACUAAUUGUUACAUAUGGUACAUUUGCCCCUGGGGUGUUUGCAAAUUUGUUCUGUCAUAUACCUAUUCGAACAAGUUCAUUGGUAUUUCGACUGCAACAUGUACAAAUUUUCGAGUUUUGCUUCAAUUGAAGUACCAUACAUGAUAAAAAAGAGCUCUUAAAUUUAAUUGUAAUCUUGACUGAUAUUUAAUUAAUAUUUCAAAAGACUUACCACAAAAAAUUCAAAGUGUUAUAUAUAUGAAGAUAUGUAUACUUUCGCACGUUUACAUUUUCCUUGUACGUUUCUCUUGCCAAACGAUAAAAACAUAUUGUAAUAAAUGCAAGUUCAUUGGAAAAAGAAAAUAUAUCAUAAGCAGUCAAUCCAUCAGUGUAAUAUAAUAAUCUUUUCAAAAUGGUUUGUAUUUUAAUGUUGUUGAAUAAGGUAUAUUUCUGAACUUAAAAUUGCAGCCCCUUGAUGAGCCCUGCAUUCGUUGUGCUGCGUAAGGUGUACGUAUGUAUGCGAACAUUGCGUUGUUAUAUUUUUAAUAUUUUUGCCACCAUUACCAAUCUUUAGUUUAUUUCAAAUCAUUAAUGAACAGAGAUAAAUGUUCAUUUAUGGUAAACACAAAGUACGACAUUGAACAUAGUAUAAGAUAGGAAGUAUAGGUAGACACGGCGCCUGUGAUGUAGCUAGAUUUGGAUGCAUGCUUUGACGUAUGCAGGGCCCUAUUAAAAUAAAAUAUGCGAUAAACGAGUUAUAAACUUUCCUCGUUUUGUGAUAUUUAUCGUCGGUGGUAAAUGUACAAAAAACAGUCUUAUAAACAAUUUUAAGAAGAUAUUCCUGGAAGUGUCAAAAAUUAAAUAUUUUAUGCCGAAUUUGACUUAAUUGAAUACACUUUAUUAUACUACUUAGUGACUCCUCUCCAUUUGUACAAAAGAAAUAGUGAAUCUUGGUGUAAUUAUUAAAAUGUAAUUUAAGUAUAAUAAUAAUAAUGAUAAACACUUCCACUAAGAGUUGGAGUCACUACUAUUUUUCCUUCAUUAAUUUAUAUAUCAAGUUGAAAUUAUGUUCCUUUGAACAUGUAAAAUAUCAGUUUUUCUCUUAAAAUAAUCAGUAUAUCAAUUGACAAUCACAUUUGAUAUUAUCUGAUAUUUUGAUGUUAUUGUAAUUCGUCGCGUGGCACGAUGCCUUCGUGUCUUCCAAUUAUUAUACAAGUGAAAAUUAUUGUAUAUCUUCGAUUUUCAAUAUAAUUAAUUCUCUAUAUAUAUAUAUAUAUAUAUUUUUUUUUUUUUAAAUUUAUCACUUUCAUCCUUCAAAAUUGAUUUUUCAGAAUUCACUGAUUUCACUAAGUUAAUAUAUUAACAGUAAAAAAAUUAGAGCGAGGAGUUAGAGUAAAACUUGUCGAUACUUCGCUUCACCACCGACGAUAAAAAGCCAUAAAUCUUUGAAAACCAAUUUGUAUAAAGUCAGUACUGAAUGUAAUAACAGGAGAAACAUAAUGUCAAAUAUAGCAAUGAUUAAUUGACUGCGAUAAGUGAUAUCGAACUAUGAGAAGCCAAGAAAAAAAAACUUGUCUAUGGAUUAAUAAUAAUCACUGAAUGGAUGGAAGACAUUAAAAAAAUGUUAUAUGAAAAGUAAUUUAGGUACAGCAGGGUGCGAAACCCUCGAAAAUGCUUAGGAUAAUGUUAUCUUAUAAUAAAAACAAAUUGUCCUUUGAAUGAAAAAAAGGAAUAAAUAUUUAAAAUACACAA